CAUGUGUGUCGUCAUCAUGUGGGUGUGGCCUAUCCAGUGAGCUCACUAGUUUCGUUCAGUCUCAUGAGCUGCGCUAGUGUUUUUGAUUAUAUUAGCCCAGGUGCGCGCUUUUGCAUCUUCAUUCCGCAGAGAUGUCAGUGAUCUAAACAAUCAAGAACUGGAGACCACAGCGGAAAAAGCCACAGAAGAAAACAAAGGAAGCUCUCAGACAAGGGAGAUCAUUCUGCUUUGACUUAAAGCUGCUGAAGUCACUGUAUUCCAAGAGGCCACUGAUUAUAUCACAACACAAAGCCAAUAUAAAGACACAGGAGACGUUUGCACAGUCUGUGGUUUGCCAGUAAGACAAGCCCAACAGGAUGAAAGCAGACGCUGUGCAUCGUCAUGUUUGCCAGUAUAAAAGCAAAGAGACCAGCACAUGACUCUCUCGCUUUACAUCUACGUCAUCAAACUCAUAAAAACAUGGACUCCAGCUCUGGAGAAAUGGACAAAAAUGGAGAGGAAGUCACAGGAAGGAAGAAGUCACGUUUUAAGCAGCUAAAGACACGUUUCUUUGGGAAACUGAAGAAAAAGGAAAGCGAAGGGCUGAUUAAGCAAAGCCAGUCCGCUAGUGAUAUCACUGCUCCAGAGGGCAGAAGGGAAGUCUACGACUCUGAAGACGAGAUUUCGUACCCGCAGUGUCUGAGCUCCAGGGCGCUGUCUCAUGAUAGCAUCUUCUUUACCGAUCAGACCCAGUCCACAGAACCAACACGAGUUCUUUCACAAGAGAACGUUCAUGGCAAAAUUAAGGCCUUACAAUUGAAACUACAGCAACAGAACUUACAUCUAGGUCCUCCUCCAAUGUUGAUUCCUGGUAAACGCACAGAGGACUCAGGAACCACUUCAGAGGACGAUGGUUUACCGUGCAGUCCACCUGAAACGUCCUUCCAUGAGCGAGUGAUGCACGGAGCUGUUUACAAGUAUCCUGAAUCUCAGAAACAUCUGAGCUCUCUGAGUUUAGCAGGAACAGGAAGUGAAGAAGAGGAACAGGGCGAUCUUUUCCAGCCAUCAUCAAGGCCUCUAUCCCCAGUCUCCAAACAGCCAGUCAUCUCCCCCACCUCAGCCUCGACCACACCCACUUCAGGAGUUGACUUCAGUAGUCCUGCAUGUUACAUGGCCAGGCUGGAUAACUCGGCUGCCCGCCAUCGCAUGUCAGUCAAACCGAGGAACCAACGAGCCAGCACAAGGGGAAACAGAGUGCCAACGGUAUCACUUUCUCCCAGGUAUCGUUCAGAAAGCAUCAGUGAUUUGGACAAUGUUCUGUCUGAGGAGGAUGAUGAUGAAACCAUGACGUUCAAUGACACGGUGCACCAUCGCUUGUCUUCCUCUCCGACUUCGGAUCUAAAAGAGAAACCCACCUCUCCAGAACCUACAGUGACAACUCCUGCAGCUUCAGAGCAGAACCAGGAGGAGAACCCCAACAGAACUGAAAUUCAUUUCCUAUCUCAGGGUGCUGAAAUCCUAAAGUCAGAACAAUCUCCUGAAUCUGAGGGGAGAGUCACCACAAAUCCUCUUUAUUUGCAGCCCAUGUCCUUUGGCUUGACCUUGAGCUCCUCAGGUCCACAAUCACCUUUAGGACUUCCAGAAUCUGCACAACCAUCAAGAGAAAUAGAGUCAUUAAGAGCCCAUUCACCUAUCCUGACACACGAUACAAACGACACCCAGAUUCAGAUGAGUGAGAAUCUUAUGUGUGGAACAGACACAAAGGAAAGCACUCAAGAGGAUGCAUCAUUUAGACUAUUUCCUGCACCUCUGCCUCGCAUCACAAAGCCUAAAAUGGAAACAAGAAGCCCUCCAUCUCCAAAAGGAGCCAUGGAGGCCUCAACAAAACCUUGGGAAGCUGGAGUGGAAAGUGACAGGAUGCAGUUUUUCAUUGCAUCUGCAAAGAAUCACUCCAAAACAACAAGUGAGACUGUGACAAAGCAGAAUGAGGGACAUUUGAAAGGUGCUCCAGGAAUCAAGACCCAAUCCAACAAACCCAACCUAGAGUCGCAGAAAGAUGAAGCGAGAGAAACGAAACCAACAGAGUUUCAGAGUUUCCUCCGUCAAACACAAGAUAAAAAAAGUUUUCGUAAAGAAGUAACACCUCCUAUUACGUCCAAACCAACAACAGGAACCAGUCUUAAGAAGACAGACACUGCUACAGAACAUGUGGAAACAGAGAAACUAGAGGAACCUGAAGACAGGAAGAAUACUUUCGGGGUGCAGCUCCGCACAACCUCUCUGUCGCUGAAAUAUCGCUCUGAGGUUUCCAAAAUUAAGGAUGAAACCAAACGGUACAGUUUAGAGUCUAAUACAGCACUAGCUGUCUCAGAAGAUCAUUCUGGGAAAGCAGAAACCUUCAGAAAUAUGUGUGAUGGCAAUUCCAAGAGUAAACACAGCGUUCCCAAAAAACAAGAUUCACAGAGCCUGGAGUGUCAGCUUGCUGCCCAAGACAGUGAGUAUGGAAAACCAUCUAUCCAAAAUACAAUAGGAGCAACUAAAGAGGCUGUGUCUGAGCCAGGCUGGAUGAGUCUAGCCAGAGAGAAGACCAGGGCUUACCACCCAUUAUUGAGCAGAUUGGCCACAAAUCACUCACCAGUCCACCCUUCACCUUUAACAGCACCUCCUGCACAGCCUCCCAAACCAGCCUUACAGCCUAAAACACAGCCGCUGACCACUGCGCUUCAUCCUCUGAAAACACAGCACACACUGAACACACCAAUCCAGCCGGCCUCACAGAGACUUCCUACUAAACCAGCACCUAGUGGAACAAAAGACAAGCAGGACAAUGGUAGGAACUGUACAGCAGAAGAUGACACAAUAAAGAAAGCAGGAGCCUCCAACAAGAUGGAUGGAAAUGCAAAAUCCAUCACACCUAACACAGAAACACUUACCGCCACAUCUGAGAUUCCAGCAACAUCACCGCCGGACGUCUCUCAGCAGCCACGGUCAGAUGGAGCUCAGCCGUCCUGGAUGGAGCUUGCCAAGAGGAAGUCUUUAGCUUGGAGUGACAAAACUUUAGAAUGAAGAUGAGACAAUCAACCAGAGACAUUCAGUGAUGGACUGAUGAAGUGGUGCAAUAUCUAAUGUUACAAGGAAUGAAUGUAAUACUGUGUGUGAGAUUGAGUGAGUAAUUGAUAAAUUGUUAUAUCUUGUAUGCUAAUAUAUUGUAUAAUUAUAAUUCAUUCGCAUCAUUAGAAAGAUGUUACUCUACAGAUUUACACAAAUGUUUAUAAUUGAUCAAGCAUUGUUAUUUACAUAAUUAUGAAUGAAGAACAUGUAUAUCUAUAGUUUGUCAGCAUCUUUAUACUAUGUUACUUCAAAACAGCUGAUAAUACAGUGAUAAUAAACUUAAACAGUGACUACUUAUGCUUAGUA